CAUUUGACAGAUGACAAAUGUUUAUUAUGAACCAUUAACAAGUUGUUUAUAUUGUUCAUAAAUUUUGUAUUGUCUAUUUAUUUGUAUUUGACCAUGUACAGUAAUUAUUAGCAUGGCGAAUCUCAAAGCCGGUGGGCCAACAAAUCGGAAGAAAGUCCAAGUAUCGAUGGUAAUAUGCGAAGCCGAAGAAAAAAAGCACCGGUCCGGCGUUAACGCCCUACAGUUUGAUGCAAGCCUUUCCCGUUUGUUUUCGGCCGGCCGUGACAGUAUUGUUAGAGUAUACGAGCAGGAACGAUACCUACAAAGUAUGGAGCAUCACACUGACUGGGUUAACGACAUUGUGCUUUGUUGUAAUGGAAGGAAUUUAAUAUCAGCCAGUUCAGAUACGACCGUUAAAGUUUGGAAUGCGCACAAAGGUUUCUGUAUGUCGACGCUUCGCACCCACAAAGACUACGUAAAGGCUUUGGCGUACGCAAAGGACCGUGAGCAGGUAGCAUCGGCUGGUCUCGAUAAGUCAAUUUACUUGUGGGAUGUGACCACCUUAACUGCACUUACAGCUAGUAAUAAUACAGUAACUACUUCUAGUCUGGUGGGAAAUAAGGAAUCUAUCUAUAGUUUAGCCAUGAAUCCCUCUGGUAGUGUGAUCGUUAGCGGGUCAACUGAGAAAGCUUUAAGAUUUUGGGAUCCUAGAACGUGCGCGAAAUUGUUUAAACUUAAAGGUGGGUAUACAAAACUUUCGUUUCUCGAGAUAGACGUCACUGUGGUAAACAUUGGCUGCUUUCACAUUUACAGCUUAUUGUUAGUAAGGGGCCAUGUCUUGUCAAUGCAAGAGGAAUUCCUUAGUUUUGAGUCGGUUUCUCAAUUAAUAAGUAAUUUUUAAGGGUAAUGCUAUCAACUAUGCUUGAAAUGUCACCUGAACCAAGGGUUUGUAAGUGCUUCCUUUCUAUAGGUGUUCUGUUUUGAUCUGGGAACCUUUCCUAGCAUCUGGACUCUCUGUAAACAAAGGGAGGAACAAUUGCGCUCUGGAAUAUUCACCCUUAUCCUUUCUUCUCCUAUUCAUUGCAAGUUCAUUUUCUUGAGAUCAUUUGGGAGUCAGUUUCCCCUUCCUCUUGCAGUUGCAUACUUUUUAAGACAGAAUUUACCAGGGUAGGGUAAAUUUUGAUGGGCACGCUAUUUAGCCCACUUACGAAGCACGAUAUUGACAUACAGUUAUGGAUUUGUAAUCAGUUUAAUAUAAUAGGAUUUUCCUUAGUUUGCGCGCACGUCAUUGGUGUAUUAUGACGUCAUCACUAAGUAUGUUUACAUAGCAUCAUGCUGUCAAUGGAAGAAAAUGCGUAUGUAGGCAGCCAUACAGGCAGUGCUGCAUUGUGGGUAGGGUACCCAUUACAUCAACCACUUCUGUUAACUAAUUACUUCGCUAAUUACUAAAAAAUGUUUAUUUGUAACACAUUGUCUAUGUCGCGAUCUUUUAUACUAGGACAUUAUUAUUUGGACGUAAAGGAAAAAUUAAAAAAAGUCAUUGAAGUAUGUUGUCAGGCGCCAUAUCGUAUAUAAUUGCAUAUAAAUAUAUAGCUACCUCUGGAGUUCCUCAAGGUUCUAACUUGGGUCCUCUAUUAUUCCUCAUAUUUAUUAAUGAUUUAUGUGAAGUAAUAUCCUCGAAUGUACUACUAUUUGCUGAUGAUGUAAAAAUCUACUCAUCAAUUUAUACAAUUUCUGAUUGAUUGGUGUCUAAUUAAUAAAUUACAAUUAAAUAUAGACAAAUGCAAAUCUAUGUCGGUAACGAGAAAAGUACAUAAAAUUGAUUACAAGUAUACCGUGAAUUGUAUUACUUUAUCCCAAUGUAUACGUACUCGCGAUCUGGGAGUGUUAUUUGAUAAAGAUUUGUCAUUCAAUGAUCAUGUUACAGAAUCUGUUGCUUCUGCGUACAAAAUGUUAGGCUUUGUAAUAAGAAGCACAAGAGACUUCCAUAAU